AUGCACACCCGAGUAUGAAUACAGAGACCGCGACCAGCGCAACUUUCUCUUCACCCUAGGCCGCCUAAGAAAAACUGACACCAGCGGUGGAAGACGCGAGCGACAGCUCUGCUUCAUACUUGUUACCUCUCAGAGCUGUGGAAAAUGAAGUUCGGCGACUUCUCUGCGAUACCCUCUCUGCUGAAAAGGGACUCCGGCCAGUGAGCCAAUGAGAGCCAACGCCUCCCGUGUCAGAACUCACCCGUAUCUGUUCUGCUAUCCCCCCCAGAUUCGAUCGUGGGGAUGUCUCGUUUAUCAUCGUCGCAGGCGCGAUGGUAUCUUUCAUGAUACCGGGUUUAGCUUUCCUAUACUCCGGUCUCUCGAGAAGGAAAUCUGCCCUGUCUCUGAUAUGGGCCGUCUCUGCAAGCAAUGCCGUCUGUAUCUUCCAGUGGUACCUGUGGGGAUACUCUCUCGCCUUCUCACCUACUGCCACCAAUGGUUUCAUUGGCAAUCUUGCCAAUUUUGGACUGCUAAACGUGCUCGGCGAUCCCUCUCCUGGUUCGCCCCUCAUUCCAGAUUUGCUUUAUAGCUUCUAUCAGAUGGAAUUUGCUUGUGUAACAAUUGGGAUUUUGGUAGGAGGUAUCGCGGAGCGCGGUCGGGUCCUUCCAGCCAUGGUAUUUACAUUCUUCUGGAUGACCCUUGUUUAUUGUCCGCUGGCUUGCUGGGCUUGGAAUAUUAAUGGUUGGGGUUUUAAGUGGGGCGUGUUAGAUUAUGCAGGUGGGGGCCCUGUGGAGAUCGGCAGCGGCGUUGCAGGCCUUGCAUAUGCAUGGAUCCUCGGUCGGCGGCAUGAAAAGGAGUUACUUAAUUUCAGACCACACAACGUAGCCAUGGUGAACCUCGGUACCUUCAUCCUCUGGUUUGGAUGGCUCGGCUUCAAUGGAGGUAGCGCCUUUGGUGUCAAUCUUCGUGCCAUAAUGGCAAUCUGGAACUCCAUGCUUGCCCCGGCAUUUGGCGGUAUUGUAUGGUGUCUUAUUGACUACAGAUUGGAACGCAAAUACAGUAUGGUCGGAUUUUGUUCCGGUUCUAUCGCUGGUUUGGUUGCUGCGACACCGGCUUCCGGUUACAUACACCCGUGGGCAUCGGUUAUCAUGGGCAUCGUUUCCGGUGCAGUGUGUAAUUACGCAACGAAGAUGAAAUUCCUUCUGGGUAUCGACGACGCCUUGGAUCUCUUCGCUGAGCAUGCCGUGGGCGGCAUUAUUGGUCUUCUCUUUAACGGCAUUUUUGCCUCUCACUCCAUCACUGCUCUUGAUGGCAUCAACACUAACGUUAAUGGUGGUUGGAUCGAUCACAACUGGAAGCAAUUGUAUAUCCAGUUUAACUACGCAUUCGCGGCGUGCGUGUAUACGUUUGCAGCGACGGCUAUUAUUGCCAAAGCUAUCGACAUGAUACCCGGUUUACAUCUCAGGACGACACCCGAGGGUGAGUCGGCCGGUCUGGAUGAGGUCGAGAUCGGCGAGUUCGCCAACGAUUACAUUGAAGUCCGGAGACACUUCCACGACUGGUCAGCCUUGGGCAAUGACAAGGCUGAUUCGGCUACGUCUGAGAUGUUUACAGCCGGUAGUAAAGAUGGCUUGCCAGAACACCAGAAGGACGGAUAUCGCCUCCGGUUGGAAGAUCCCGCCCUCGAGAUAAUUUACGAGAAGAACACUGGAAUUGUUGACGAACCGCAGCUUACUCCGGAGGAGCGUUAAUCGCGUUGGUAAAAUUCUAGGGAUUGAACCGCACUGUCCUUGACUUUGCCAAACUUCUGAUUCCUACUGGUACUUACCUUUAGGGAGGCUGAUCGUCACCAUUACAUUACGUAGGACUUACGCAAAAUUGAAAGCACCAUGGUCAAAAUGAACGGCUACC